AUGGGAAGAAGGAAGCUGCCAAUGGAGUUGAUAAAGAAUGAAAAGGCACGUUCAAGGACUUUGACAAAGAGAAUAAAAGGACUGAAAAAGAAAGCUUAUGAACUCUCCAAACUCUGUAGCAUUGACACAGUUUUGAUAGUUGCUGGGCCUGACAACAGCUUAGAAACCUGGCCAGAAACAUCACCUGAGCUCAACCAUGUUGUUAAACGUUACAUGAACCUCAGUAAACCAGACCGUGAGAAGUAUGCAGUCAAACUUGGACAGAAGAGCCCAAAGAUGAAUUCCACUGUGCAGGACAAUGAGAUAAUGGGCAUUAUUGAUCAAGAAGAGAUAGUACCAGUUCUUAAUUAUUAUCCUCCAUUAUCAUAUGCUUAUCCUUCUUCAGACUUGAUGUAUUCUUCAGCAUAUGCCUAUAAUGUUCAGCAGCAGCAGCAACAGCAACAGCAGCUGCAGCAGAGUGUUCAGUUUCAGUGUUCUUGUAAUUCUUGUUUGUUUGGAGUAUUGGGUCUGGGAGGGAGUGGGAUUUCCUACAAUGGCUUGUUUGAUCAUCAAGAUGUUUUUCAUGGAGUCUCUGCAAGUUCUACAAGAUUUGAGUUUCAGGAUGUUAAUCAUCAAGGUGGUGCAGUGGGAUUCUGGAGCAUUUGA